GAGGGGCUAAUUUUGGUGAGGCGAGUCUAAUGUCCCGCUAAUCCUUUUGAUCCCGAAGAACACCAACGCUACAGUAGCUCCACGCUGGCUGGAGUGGACCAUACCGAGGAGUCGGACACCAUCAUGGAACGUGAGGUCUGAGGAGCGGCCACCAUGAUUGGAGGACUGUUCAUCUACAACCACAAGGGGGAGGUCCUGAUCUCCCGCGUCUACCGUGAUGACAUAGGGAGGAACGCGGUGGACGCGUUCCGUGUGAACGUGAUCCACGCACGCCAGCAGGUGCGCUCACCCGUCACCAACAUCGCCCGCACCAGCUUCUUUCACGUCAAGCGGUCCAACAUCUGGCUCGCCGCCGUCACCAAGCAGAACGUCAAUGCCGCCAUGGUCUUCGAGUUCCUCUACAAGAUGUGUGAUGUCAUGACUGCCUAUUUUGGCAAGAUCAGCGAGGAGAACAUCAAGAACAACUUCGUGCUCAUUUACGAGCUGCUGGACGAGAUUCUGGAUUUUGGAUAUCCUCAGAACUCUGAGACCGGCGCCCUCAAGACCUUCAUCACCCAGCAGGGCAUUAAGAGCCAGCAUCAGACCAAGGAGGAGCAGUCCCAGAUCACCAGCCAGGUGACUGGACAGAUUGGCUGGCGGCGCGAAGGGAUCAAAUACCGUCGCAACGAGCUGUUCCUGGACGUGCUGGAGAGCGUCAACCUGCUCAUGUCUCCACAGGGCCAGGUGCUGAGCGCGCACGUCUCGGGCCGCGUGGUCAUGAAGAGCUACCUGAGCGGGAUGCCCGAGUGCAAGUUCGGCAUGAACGACAAGAUCGUCAUUGACAAGCAGGGCAAGGCUGGAGCCAGCGACGAAGCGGGUAAAAGUGAGUUAGGCGGAAGCAGCGGGAAGCAGUCCAUCGCCAUCGACGACUGCACCUUCCACCAGUGCGUGCGUCUCAGCAAGUUCGACUCGGAGCGAAGCAUCAGCUUCAUCCCGCCAGACGGAGAAUACGAGCUCAUGAGGUAUCGCACCACCAAGGACAUCAUCCUGCCCUUCCGGGUCAUCCCGCUGGUACGUGAGGUCGGCCGCACCAAACUGGAAGUGAAGGUUGUCAUCAAGUCCAACUUCAAGCCCUCGCUCCUCGCACAGAAGAUAGAGGUGCGCAUCCCGACCCCUCUGAACACGAGCGGUGUGCAGGUGAUCUGCAUGAAGGGCAAGGCAAAAUACAAGGCCAGCGAGAACGCCAUCGUGUGGAAGAUCAAACGCAUGGCUGGGAUGAAGGAAUCUCAGAUCAGCGCCGAGAUUGAGCUGCUGCCCACUAACGACAAGAAGAAGUGGGCUCGGCCUCCCAUCUCAAUGAACUUCGAGGUCCCGUUCGCGCCCUCCGGACUGAAGGUGCGCUACCUCAAGGUGUUCGAGUCGAAGCUGAACUACAGCGACCACGAUGUCAUUAAAUGGGUGCGCUACAUCGGCCGCAGCGGCAUCUACGAGACACGCUGCUAGGCCCCCCCCCCCCCCUCCCAGCUGAAUGGAGGGACCAAUCGCAUUUUGUCCUCAAACUCCAUGUAUAUCUCACCUUCCUUCUCAUAGGUGGAUGAAUUGAAUUAAAAACAAAACAAAAAUACAGAUUUAUGAAGAAUGUGAAAUGAGUCGCGUGGAUCUGAAAGCGUGCUCUACUGAAAGGCAGAGGAUUUUUCUGGAGCCUGCAGUGUUUGUGCGUGUGUGCAUGCUGUUCUGUACAAUACUGGCACCCAAGAUUCUUGAGCUGUAGUAGUUGUCCAUGCAGGAGUGCUGGUUUCAGGUCCUGGAGGGCACCGCAUUGUGAAAGGCUUGGAAAUCGUGGGUUUGAUCAGGUUGUGAAAAUCAGGAAACCCUGAACAGUAGAGGGCCGUGGCCUCAUGCUUCCGAGGUGUAACUUUAAUCUGUGGUUGCUCUCCAGUUACUUAGUAGGUAAGGGUUACGUUCAAUAAAAAUAUAAAACCAUAAA